AUGGAUCGAAUGGUCGAAUACUUUGAGGAUCUGGGCGACGAACAUGAAAUCCCUGGAUACGAUGUUGAAUAUCAGGUGAGUUCAUGCAAAAAGAGCGGGGUCAUGACUCUUAAGCUUGGCGACAAGGGCACUUAUGUUGUCAAUAAACAACCUCCAAAUAAGCAACUUUGGUUAUCAUCGCCUACAACAGGUCCCAAGCGUUAUGACUAUGAUGCUGAACACAAGGCUUGGUUCUAUAAUCGCGAUCAACAUACACUCAAGCAUCUACUGGAUACUGAAAUCUCAAAGGCUAUUGGAAUCAAUAUUAAUGUGCCAUUAGACUCGAAAAGUUAG